AUGCAGCAUUUACACAAAUCUGUUCAACCAUUUUUGUCAGCAAACUACAGUCUCCCAGAGGAUGCUUUCAACUGGUGGAAGCGUUUACAGUUGGAAAGACGUGAUUACAGCACCUACAGAACAACAGUGGAAAGGUUGUUUCAGAUGUUUCCACCCAGUCCCGAUCUGAUAGAGUCCAGAUCUGAUCGCUGCAGGACUUGUGCUGUGGUGGGCAAUUCUGGUAAUUUGAAGCGAUCACAUUAUGGACCUCUGAUAGAUUUCCAUGAUGUUGUUAUAAGAAUAAACAAAGGUCGUACCAAAGGCUACGAGGCAGAUGUUGGUACCAAAACAACACAUCGUAUCAUGUAUCCAGAGAGUGCCAUGGACCUGGAUAACUCCACUCAUCUUGUGCUGUUUGCAUUUAAGAUACAAGAUCUUGAGUGGCUCAUCAAGGCCUUCAGCACAGGAUUUUCUGGAAGGUCAUAUGCGCCAAUAAAAUCCACCAUCAAAGCCAACAAAGAUUUGGUGAUGGUGACCAAUCCAGGUUUCAUGAGGUAUGUUCAUGACAUCUGGCUUAAAAAGAAGGGCGGCUAUCCAUCCACCGGCUUUAUGGCAGUGAUUCUUGCACUGCAAAUUUGUGAUGAGGUCAAUGUGUUUGGUUAUGGAGCGGAUGAAGAUGGAAACUGGAGUCAUUACUUUGAAGAACUCAAAAACAAAAAGUUCAAAACUGGACUUCAUCCUGGAUCACAUGAGUAUGAUAUUAUUCUGCAGCUAGCUAAGAAAAAAACCCUCAGUUUUUACGGAGGGUAUUGAUCGUUAAGGUAUUCAAACCUUGACAGCAAAUUAUUUCCAAACCAAAAGAAAGCUAUGAAGCAAAGGCCUUAAAGCCGGAUUUCCACCGGGUCCG